AAACAGAAAGUGUUUCGCGUUCCCCUCCUCAUAGGAUGACGUAACGCCAGCGUGACGCAUGGUGCAUCAGAAAGCCUGACAGCCAGCUUUAGAGAGGGGACGUGUAGCAUGCGAGUGAAGCUAUUGCAAAAAAGCCAAAACGAGUUACAAGUCGCGGAAAAUAUACGCAAAUCUAGAACCAGAAAUGCCAUUAUCCCAGUCAGCUGUGGACUGAUGGGAAUGGACAAACACCGUGAAGGCAGCGAGCGCAGUGCAAGUUGCUGCAGUGGGGUUGUGUGGACCUUUGCGUGUGCGAGGCCGUCUGUUGUGCCUUUGGUUCUGUGCGUGGAAGAGCUGGUGCAGCCCAAGGAGACCAUUAGGAGGAGUUGUCCUGAACCACCCUGAGAGAUCCAGAGAAGCAGAGGAGUAGAAGGAGAGGAAGGACACGCUGCCCAUAGGCCUCAGACCCAAGAUCAGCAGUGGAUCUUAACCUUCUGGAGAAAAACACAGCUAACCUUCACUGUCUACAAGAGAACAUCCUGGUUCAGCGAGAGGGGAAGAAGCCACUGCCAAUAGACUAUUAUGCACCGCUUAAGGACUACAGUUGCUAUUCUCUGGCCUAUCACGGUCAACCAGAGAGCCCAGGGCCAAUCACAGGCCAGGCGUUUUGCAGCAGGAGGGCCUUUGAGUACAUCUGAGCCAAUGAGGAAUUACACGGCGUCACUGUCGGCCGAGCCUUUCCUGAAUGGGACCAGCUGUAAUUAUGUGGAAGAGAUGUAUAAUGCUUGGCUGGAGAACCCUAGGAGUGUACACAAGUCAUGGGACAUUUUCUUCCGGAAUGCCAACUUCGGGGCACCACCAGGCGCGGCCUAUCAAAGCCCUCCUCCUCUGGUGGCUCCUGCUCCUGGAUUUGUCGAUGACCAAUUGAUGGGUGGAGCUCAGCCUAAUUUGGAGAAGCUAGUGGAGGACCACCUGGCUGUACAGUCACUCAUACGAGCAUACCAGAUCCGAGGUCAUCACGUGGCAAAGCUGGACCCUCUGGGCAUCAAGGCUGGCAUCGACCCUGGUCCUCCCCCGUCUGACAUCAUCACCACCAAUGACAAAUUGGCAUUUUAUGGUCUGGAUGAGUCUGAUCUGGGCAAGGUCUUCCGGCUCCCCACCACCACAUUCAUCGGGGGCAGUGAGAGCGCUCUGUCCCUCCACCAGAUCAUCCACCGUCUUGAGAUGGCAUACUGCCAGUCCAUUGGAGUAGAGUUCAUGUUUAUUAAUGACCUGGAGCAGUGUCAGUGGAUCAGACAGAAGUUUGAGAGCCCAGGCGUCAUGCAGUUCACCUUCGAGGAGAAGAGGACCCUGCUGGCCAGAAUGGUCCGCUCCACCAGGUUUGAGGAGUUCCUGCAGAGGAAGUGGUCAUCGGAGAAGCGUUUUGGCCUCGAGGGCUGUGAGUCACUCAUCCCUGCCCUGAAGACCAUCAUCGACAAGUCCAGCAUGAACGGAGUGGACAGCAUCAUCAUGGGAAUGCCCCACAGGGGGAGGUUGAAUGUGUUAGCCAAUGUGAUCCGGAAGGAGCUGGACCAGAUAUUCUGUCAGUUUGACUCAAAGCUGGAAGCUGCUGAUGAGGGUUCUGGAGAUGUGAAGUACCACUUGGGGAUGUGGCACCGGAGGAUCAACCGGGUGACUGAUAGGAACAUCACGCUGUCACUUAUGGCUAACCCCUCCCACCUGGAGGCGGUGGACCCUGUGGUGCAGGGCAAGACCAAAGCUGAGCAGUUCUACUGUGGAGACACGGAGGGCAAACGGGUCAUGUCCAUUCUGCUGCAUGGUGAUGCAGCAUUUGCAGGCCAAGGGGUCGUCUACGAGACCUUUCACCUCUCCAACCUGCCAUCAUAUACCACACACGGCACUAUUCACGUGGUGGUCAACAAUCAGAUUGGUUUCACCACUGACCCCAGGAUGGCCCGGUCGUCCUCCUAUCCCACAGACGUGGCCAAGGUGGUCAACGCUCCCAUUUUCCACGUCAACGCCGACGACCCCGAGGCCGUCAUGUACGUGUGUAACGUGGCCGCUGAGUGGAGGGCCACCUUCCACAAGGAUGUGGUGGUUGACCUGGUGUGUUACAGGCGUAACGGCCACAAUGAGAUGGACGAGCCCAUGUUCACCCAGCCUUUGAUGUACAAACAGAUCAAGCAGCAGAAAGGAGUCCUGCAGAAAUAUGCUGACCGGCUCAUUGAGGAGGGAGUAGUGAGCAGGCAGGAGUACGAGGAAGACAUAGCUAACUAUGACAAGAUCUGCGAGGAGGCUCACGCACGAUCCAAAGAUGAGAAGAUUCUACACAUCAAACACUGGCUGGACUCGCCAUGGCCCGGUUUCUUCAACCUAGAUGGCCAGCCUAAGACUAUGAGCAGUCCAUCUACUGGCCUGCCUGAAGAAGAGCUGAGACACAUAGGAAACAUUGCUUCUUCCGUCCCCCUGGAAGACUUCACUAUACACGGAGGUCUGAGUCGUAUACUAAAGGGCCGUGCAGCGAUGGUGGACCAGCGGGUGUGUGACUGGGCACUAGGAGAGUACAUGGCAUUCGGCUCACUUCUCAAGGAAGGAACACACAUACGUCUGAGUGGACAGGACGUUGAGAGAGGAACAUUCAGUCACAGGCAUCAUGUUCUCCAUGACCAGAACGUUGACAAGAGGACCUGUAUUCCCAUGAACCACAUUGCCCCCAACCAGGCUCCAUACACUGUCUGUAACAGCUCUCUGUCUGAGUAUGGAGUGCUGGGUUUUGAGCUGGGUUUUGCCAUGGCCAGUCCUAAUGCCCUGGUUCUCUGGGAGGCCCAAUUCGGAGACUUCCACAACACAGCCCAGUGCAUCAUAGACCAGUUCAUCAGCCCCGGACAGACCAAGUGGGUCAGACAGAACGGAAUAGUAUUACUGCUGCCGCACGGCAUGGAGGGAAUGGGUCCAGAGCACUCAUCAGCCCGACCAGAGAGGUUCCUGCAGAUGUGUAACGACGACCCAGAUACAUUCCCUAUAUUCUCCGCAGAGGAGUUUGCGGUGCGUCAGCUUUAUGACUGUAACUGGAUCAUAGUCAGCUGCUCUACCCCAGCCAACUACUUCCAUGUCCUCCGCAGACAAAUACUACAACCCUUCAGGAAGCCUCUGAUAGUCCUCACACCGAAGUCUCUGCUGCGCCACCCGGAGGCCAAGUCCAGCUAUGACGACAUGCUGCCAGGUACCCAUUUCCAGCGUGUGAUCCCAGACAGUGGACCUGUUUCUGAGAAGCCGGAGGAGGUGAAGAGGAUUGUGUUCUGUACUGGCAAGGUCUACUAUGAACUCACCCGAGAACGCAGGAAUAGAGGAAUGGAUUAUACCGUGGCCAUCACACGGAUAGAGCAGCUCUCUCCCUUCCCAUUUGACCAGGUGAAGGUGGAGACCGAUCGUUAUCCUAAUGCUGACCUGGUCUGGUGCCAGGAAGAACACAAGAACCAGGGCUUCUAUGACUACGUCAAACCCAGACUACGCACCACUGUGAACAGCACCCGUCCUGUUUGGUAUGCUGGUCGUGGACCAGCGGCGGCUCCAGCUACAGGGAACAAAGCAGCUCACCUGGUGGAGUUAAAACGCUUCCUGGACACCGCUUUGAACCUGGAUGCUUUCACUGGACCGUCCUAAAAGACUUGCACCCUGAAACGUGCAGCCCACAUCCUAACCUCCAUACCCUAGUCUUUUCUGACCUGCACUGCAUUGUGUCUAGGUUUUAACAAAGGUGUGACACAAACGCACACACACAAUCCCCAACCCCUACACCAGGGCUGCCCAAACCUGUUCCUGGAUAUCUACUAGUUCUCUUCAAUUCUUGUUUAGCACACCUGAUUCACAUAAUUAGCUGGGUGAAAAUCUUAACCGGGUUAGUCACAUGGGGAUGAAGAGAGAACCUACAGGUCAGUAGAUCUCCAGGAACAGGGUUGGGCAGCCCAUUCCAUUUGUUUUGGCGUGUCAGAGGUGUGAACCCGUCAAAUCCACACGUUGCUCCGGGAGUUAUACCACGCAGCCUUGUCAACAAGUUCAGACACAGAAAAAUAAGAUUUAAUGCUUACCAUGAUUUGGCUGAUAGAAAUCCUUAAUUACUUUUUUAUUACAGUGUUAUUAUAUUUACAUAGCCUACACUUUCUUGUUGUGAACUACUCAGGCCAGUGGGACAGGGGUGGCUCUGUGAGAAGGGUCACUGUAGCAGCUUCUCUGCCAUGUUGCUGUCUGCUAUGAAAAGACUUGAUACCUCGAUGUGCAGACUGACUGACUGCCGUCUUGCACUGUUGAACCAUUAGGGAAAUGUACACGGAGCCUGAAAACAGUGGAUCCCUUUUACGGGGAAUGUAUUGAACAAUACAAAUGCCCUCCACUUUCCUAUAUCUCUCUGUGCUCAUUGUCGAUUUUCUCCUUACCUCUGUUUUGUCAUGCUUUAUUCUCCCCACAUCUUGUGAAGAGGUCUCCCCCUCCCUUCUCCCUGUACUCCAUUUCCUGUGCCAAAUGUAAACAAACUGGUGACAGAUUACCUGAUGGAAAGUUACUAGUAUAGUUAUUUAAUACUCUUUUCGCGCCAGUAAUAACUUAUGAGGUGAAAAUACCUACUAGUCUGACAGGGAUGUAAAUGAUUUAUUUAUUUUUGUACUGUGUUCUUUAUUUGUUCUUUAUCAUGUAAUCAUUCAAUAAAGACAUGAAAUUCUC